AUGAGAAGUUACGGCAAACGCGGGCGCUUCAGGAGCCUUGUCCGGCCCCAUCAGACUCAAUUGCAAGAGUUUAGUGAUGAAGAGGAGAGUUUUCAAGAAAAUACGAGUGACAAGGCCAUGGAAGCAGUGACGCCAAAGUCAAGCUUCGACGCUGACGCGCUAAAUGCAGGAGAGAAGCGAAACACUACUAAAGAGAAGACGUCAGGGCUUGAUAUAUUCGACUUCCUUGACGAACCUGUUCGUAAAAAAAGGAAACGAGCCGCCCAAGUGAAGGCUGAUAGCGACGCGUGCGAGGAAGCUGAGUACGAUGCCGUGGACGCGUUUUUUUCGAGCCAAGCUGAGCAGAGCUUUCAAAGUACAAUUGAUGAUGCAAACUCUAUGUUAUCAAGAAUUUGCGGCGAGUCUAAUGCAAAAUCUGAGUGGGAGUCGUCUGGAACGCAAGACGAUAUAGACGCUCGCACACCUGAUGACACCGACAACAAGGUUAUGUAUGGGAAAAGCAGAACGAUGUUGCAUUGCGAAGAUGAACCGGAAGUGACGGUUGAGCCACCAGAAGAAUCGCAUGAUAGCGCUGAACCCUCCACACAUCACUUCAAUCAUUUGAAAACGAUGGGCGAAUCGCUGAAAUACCAGGAUGAUCUAGAAUUCAUGAUGCAAAAAGAAGCACAGAUGACAUUGGCGGCUAAGACAUCAAACCUUCUUAUUUUUGUACUCAAUCUGAUAAACAAUGCCGGUUUCUUCGAGUAUGUGAUGAAGUACAGCCGAAAGGAAAUUUGGCAGUGGUGUUUGCAUUUAGGAAAUUGCGAGGACCCGGUCCUUCGGCAUUUAUGUGCUUUCAUAUAUUCAAAACUGCCAUUAGAUGCCGACGACCCUAUGUGGGGGGAGCUGAACCUUUAUGAAUUUGUGUUACCCUUGACAUCUCAAAAAAGUGGAACGUUGAAAAUAAAAGGGAGUAAAUUCACCGAAAUGAGUUACCUUGAAUUUCUAAAUGCAACAGAAUCAAAACCAGGUCUCUACUAUGCUCUUUUGCUGUGGCCGCCUUUCUUAGGACACCAAAAAGAGAUUGAUCAAAAUGUUGUUGAUGCUUUUACAGCUUUGCUGCAAAACAGUUGCGAGUAUGUUGACACCAUUUUACCAAUUGUUGAAAAGCUGGUUUCAAAGGAGACAGUAGAGGGCCAUUCAACUUCUUACAAAAACAUGAUGCAAGCUCUGGUACCGCUUUUUGAGCCUCAUGCGCGCAACGACAGCCUUAUUAAAGCUUUGGUUAAAAUGACCAACGAGAGUACGCUAGUUGCUGAAUUAAAAGAUGGCCAGAAAACAGUUCUUUUGACAAACUCACUAGAAUUCUUGCUUGCGUAUGACCGCUUCCUUUUCGACGAACAAGAGAGCGAAUUGUUGGAUAUCUUCGUUUUGUACUUGGGGCUGGCACUGAAUUUAGUAAAGGCCCUAAAGCAAGACGAUGCUGUAUUUGAAGAUAAAAAUCCGUUGAUGGAACGACUAAAGCGCACUUUUCAGGACCUGCAGGCAGCAUCUGACGAGUCCAAUCAACACAACUUCAAUCAAAACAUCUUUAUCCUCAUUUACUGCUAUAUCGCAAUGCACUAUAAGGUCCGCUUACAAGAAGCGGAACGGGCCUUUGUGAUUCCGAGACUUGAAGCUUUCUCCCAAGAAAUAAAGCGGUACAACGAAAGUAUAUACACUGCGAUUGCAGUUAUAUUGACCCCCGACAUACUAGCACCCAAUUAA